AUGUGUCUUGUUGCUGCUGCUGCUGCUGCUGGGGUUUCUGCGCACCUCAAGGCCAUUUGCUUCCCCGGACUUGUUGCUGCAGCAGCAAAAAUCAAAAGAAAGAAAGAAAGAUUUGUAACCCAACUUGCUUCUUUGCUGCUGAAUAAGUGUCUCCCCCUCAAGAGCCCAGCAGCAGCAGCAGCAGCAGCAGCAAGGCUGCUGCCGCCCACGGCGCGGGCGCUCCUAGACGCCCGCCCGAAGCCCAAGCAGCAGCAGCAGCAGCAGCAGCAGCAGCAGCUGCUGCUGCUGCUGCAGGGCUCUUUCCCCGUUUUAGGAGUUGCUGAGGAUUUGUCUCUUCCAAUUCGGCUGUCUCUCUUGGCGCAGGCAAUGAGGUGCUUAGCAGCAGCAGUGGACUACCAGCAGCAGAGCAGCAGCGGCAGCAGCAGCUGCAGCAGCCGCAGCAGCAGCAGCAGCAGCAGCAGGGCGAAGUGGAGGCGGGCGGCGAGAGCGCGCAGGAAGCAGCAGGCAGCAACGAGCGGAACGGCGCCGCAGCAGCAACGGAAGCAGCAGCAGCAGCAGCAGCAGCAGCAGCAAAAGAAACGAAAGAAACACAAAAAGAAAUGA